GACGCACACGGGUGGGAAUGUUUUUGUGCGCCAGUUUGGUUUUGGUUCGAGCAGCUUGCGAGUCAGUGCAGUGUUGCGAGUUCGUUCUGCUCAGUGCGCAGCGUGCUUUUGGAAAACGGGGCGGAUUCCACAGUUCCGAAAAACCACCCUGCGACCUCUGACAUUCAGUGCGUGACCCUUGAUUGACCAUGAUUUGCGCUCUGCGACCACUUUUCUCGGGCCCGGAUUCGAAUUCGAGUGCGGGUGGAGCCUAAAGCUGGUGCUGAGAGCAACGUCAGUUUCGAGAGGAAUCGUCCACUUCGACUGAGGUGCAAUGCAGCCCAUGGGCCUCUUCAGACCCACGGCGCUGCUCGUUUGCGCCUCCAUUCUGCUAAUUUGUAUAGCGGAGACCUACGCAGACACCGCCAUUGGUGGCCAGAGAUGUCUCACAGACGUCAGAGAAGUCCACCCGAAGCGGUUCCUAUUCUACCGGGGGCAGACUCUGGACCUGACCCUUGAGAGCUCGUACCGUCCAGCGCACAUGGUGCUCACCCGAGCCUUCUCCAUUUUCCUCACGGAGGUCCUCGGCUAUCAUUCCGUCCGCGUGGUCGACCGGGACGACGGGUGCAACGCGACCAUAGCCAUCGAGGGUCUGCACAACCCCCUCGAAGAAAACGUCUCACAUCCAAAAGCGAUGAUCAACCUGGAGAUUCCACUAACUGCGAAUCAAGAUUUGCAUUUAGCUAGUGGACUUCCUAGGGGCUCAAUUGAUGUAGAAGACUGUGGAAAUACUGGACCAGUUGGAAGAUUCGCCUGGUACAUCCCGACUGGAAUUGUGAACCACUUCAAGGGCCAGCAAGUGAACCAACCGCCGCCCGACCAUUGGCGCUUGUUCACCAAGCCCGAGUGGACCACAAUUUUUGACCAAGACGUCAGUCAAUUUGCCAAGUACACAAGAGAUUUGAAGACGAAGGACUUUUUCUGCAAGAAGGCCUACUGCGUGGACGGGGUGCACACGCCCGACCAGUGCCAGCAGAACGCCAAGGGCAAGGCCAAGUGCGCCACUCUUCUGGCCGACAAACCAGAAAACACCGAGUUUGUGGUCAAGCAAAUCAGCGCCCUGAAACUUUUUGUCAGGGUGGUCUGGGUCGGGCCUCAUUUGGAAAUGCUUGCCGAGCAGUUCGCGGACAGCCUGAACUUGUCCGGCUCUCCAAAGGCCGUGGUUGCCCUGAGUUGGCAUCCUGGAGCUUUGACCGCAAGGAAAGCAAAUAAAUACACGACUGUCAGCUUUCCCGCCUGCGAGCCUGAUGACCCUUCACCUGCUUGGCCCUGUUACAAACUCACCCUCCACAGAUUCGUCAAAGUGGCUUGGAGGCCCCUGAAGGAUAAUGCAAGAGUUGCCUAUGAGGCUGUGCACAGAUUCCAACUGAACUCCACCGAGUACGAAGCCAUCUUGGCCAAAAUUCCAAACGAAAGUCCCAUCGAAAAUUAUGAAGGCAUCGCCUGUGAAUGGAUGAGAGCCAAUUACGAGCUCUGGCGCAACUGGGUGCCCAACGAUGACUCAGAGCGGACAAAAAUCUACAUCGGAGGCAUUUUUCCCAUGGGUGGCGAUGUCUACACAGCCAGGGGUAUUAUGGCAGCCGCCUGGAUGGCGAUCACGGCUGUGAACAAUGACACGAGAGUUUUGCGAGACUACUCGUUACAAUUGCACGCCUUUGAUGGCAAAUGCCAAGCAGACACUGUGAUGAAAAGCUUCAUCGACUACAUCAGGCUGCCCUACUACAAGCAAAUAGCUGGAAUUCUCGGCCCUGCUUGCUCCGACACUGUGGAGCCGUUGGCUGGUGUAUCGAGGCAUUACAAGACAGUCAUCAUUAGCUACAGUGCUGAGGGCUCCAGCUUUUCAGAUAGAGAAAAGUACCCCUACUUUUUCAGAACAAUUGGAGAAAACAAGCAGUACAAGUAUGUUUACUUGAACUUGCUUGAGAAACUUCGGUGGAAAAGGGUGGCAGCGUUGACGGAGGACGGCCAGAAGUAUACAGAGUACAUCUCCCACAUGCAGGACUACAUGCAACAAAAUGGAAUUGUUUUUGUUGCUAAUAGAAAGUUCCCGCGAGAACGUGGAGAGCUCGCAAUGUCACAGUACUUGGAGGAUUUGAAGAGCAAAUCUGCUCGCAUCAUCAUUGCUGACGUUUACGAUGAUGCGGCUCGAACUGUGAUGUGUGAAGCGUACAGGCAAAAGAUGACUAGCAAACAGGGCUAUGUCUGGUUCUUGCCUCUCUGGCUGCAAUCUCGAUGGUACGACACCGACCACUUCAACAAGAGGAAAAAUGAGACUAUCCAGUGCACCACGGCCCAAAUGAUCGAGGCAAUCAACGGCCACCUGGCUCUGACCCAUGCCUACUACGCACCAGACUCUGAUGCUAUGCAGGAGGGAAUGAGUGUGGGCGAUUGGAAGAACAAGUACGAGCAGAAGUGCAAAAGCAAAAAGGUGGAAAUGUCCAAUUACGGUGGCUACGCUUAUGAUGCAGUGUGGACCUACGCUUACGCACUGGACAAACUCUUCCAUGAAAACCAAUCGUAUGCUGCUGAUCUUCACACCGCAUUGGCCACAAAGAGUUUUGUUAAGCAUCUGAGUGAUACAGACUUCAACGGUGUGUCUGGCCACAUCAAAUUCAGGAAUGGUCCAUCUCGAGUGUCCGUAAUCCAUGUAGUCCAGUGGCUGAACAAUUCCACCUACAUUGUCGGAUCCUUCGAGCCCAACGUCUCGGAGAGCAAAGGCGAAAUUAUAGGCGGACGCUUGGAUUUGAAUAUAACUGCAUUGCGGUGGUUAUCUGAAGAUGGCAAAAUGCCAGACGACGGCACGGAACCGCCUCCUUCAUGUUUUGUCGCUCCGAUUGCUGAUUUCUUUAACAGUUCCUGCGAGACUGCAAUUAUCAUAGCUAACUUAUUAGGGUUCAUAAUAGUGUCAUCCAUGGUAUUUAUCGUCUUCUUCUACAUGAAAAGGAGAUACGAACGACAAGCCAAAAAGUAUAUGCAAUCCAUGGGAAUCGAUCUCCUGCCUUCUGCCAGCUCCUUGGACAAGUGGGAAAUUCCCAGAGAGGACGUUGUUGUCAACCGAAAAUUGGGAGAGGGCGCCUUUGGCACUGUCUACGGUGGUGAAGCUAAUUUGGCAGACAAAGGAUGGGUUGCCGUUGCUGUGAAAACUUUAAAAAUGGGCUCCACGACAGAAGUCAAACUUGACUUUUUGAGUGAAGCUGAAGUUAUGAAGAGGCUUGACCAUCAGAACAUUGUAAGGCUGCUGGGCGUUUGCACCAAAAAUGAGCCUGUGUACACAAUCAUGGAGUUUAUGCUCUAUGGUGAUCUUAAAACAUUCCUAUUAGCACGUCGUCAUUUAGUUACUGAAAGGGGUUCGGAAGAGAAUGAAGAGAUCUCCAGUAAGAAGCUCACAAACAUGGCGCUGGACGUCGCACGAGCUCUUACCUACCUGGCCGAUCUCAAAUAUGUCCACAGGGAUGUGGCUUGCCGUAAUUGUAUGGUGAAUGCGAACAGAAUCGUCAAGUUAGGUGAUUUUGGAAUGACCAGGGCCAUGUAUGAGAGUGACUACUACAAGUUCAACAGAAAAGGGAUGUUGCCCGUCAGAUGGAUGGCGCCUGAGAGUCUUGGCCUGGGCAUUUUCACGCCUAAUUCGGACAUCUGGUCUUACGGAGUGCUGCUGUACGAAAUCAUCACAUUUGGCAGCUUCCCCUUCCAGGGCAUGAGCAACAGCCAGGUUCUGGAGUUUGUCAAGAAUGGGAACACGCUCACCAUUCCUAAGGGCGUCAAACCCAACUUGGAGAUGUUGCUGAGGGCGUGUUGGGCGCAGGACUACAAGAAGCGCAUCAACGCGUCGGAGGUGGUCGAGUUCCUUGCCAACAACCCCAGGUUAAUUGCCCCUUGUCUUGACGUGCCGCUCGCCUCUGUCCAGAUGGAGGACACUGCUCAGCUAGAGCUGAAUCUGCCCGAAAAGUCCCGCAAGUGUUCCGUCUCUCUGAACAAAAACAGGCAGCGCUCGUUGUCCGGCGGCGGCGCCGCCACCACACCCAACUCGCCAACCUCCACUUUUGACGCCGAACCAAAACUCUCGCGCUCGGCGACGAGCCACGACGUGCAGUACCCCCUCAUCCCUGGGCCCCCGAGCAGUGGUCCCCGAUACCCUCCCACGUCAGCCGCCCCUCCUGCCCCUGACACUGUGCCAUUGCUGCCAACGCAGGUCGUUGACCAGCCCCCCUCCUUCAGCGUGAAUGUGCCCAUGCUGCCGCCACCCCCGCGGCCCGGAGACUUCAUUGAGAAUGGCGGCGCCUACAUGACGCCCAGAAGACUGCCCAUUAAUAAAUUCAACUCGGCCUUCCCGACAAGGAGAAAAGACGACGCGGCCGAAUUCACCUCGGUCCUGUAGCUCAACGCCAGCUAGUCUCCGUUUUAUUGACACACAUUUUUUUUUU